AUGUCGACGACGGUGACGAAAACGGCUGAUGAACGCUACGACACGGUCGAGGAUGUUUCUAAGCGAGGAAAGAGCGACUCCACCAAGAGGCGCGCCCAGCGGGCCACUUCCAACGUGUUCGCCAUGUUCGAACAGAACCAGAUCGCCGAGUUCAAAGAGGCAUUCCAGAUGAUCGACUCCAACAAGGACGGCUUUGUCUGCAAGAACGACUUGCGAGCUACCUGGGACUCACUCGGAAGGAUCAUCCCUGAGAAGGACCUGGACGGCAUGAUCGCCGAGGCCACUGGCCCCAUCAACUUCACCAUGUUCCUCACCAUCUUUGGCGAACGUGUGUCGGGGACCGAUCCGGAAGACGUCAUCAGGAACGCCUUCAAGACAUUCGACAAAACUGGCAGUGGAAAGAUCAGCGAGAAGGAGUUGAAGAGGGCACUCAUGACUUGGGGAGAAAAGUUCCAAGAGUCGGAGGUGGACGAGGUGCUGAAGGAGGCGCCCAUCGACCGGGACGGCAACAUCGACAUCAACUCGUACGUGAAGAUCAUCUGCGGCGGCACGGACGACGAGGAAUAAGUCGUCGUGCUCCGAGACCCGUCCCCGCCAUCGCCUCCGCUGCUCGAACGCCGCAUCCGAAGCUCCGGCUGAGGCCGCUUCUCAGCAAGAGCGGAGGAGGCCUCGCGCUGGGCGCGGGUGGCGAUGCACGCUUCUUCUGCAAUACACGCGGCCGCACAUGGUGC